CGCGGGCCGAGCGGGGCCAUGGAGCCGGGGGCGGCGGCGGCGGCGGCGGCUGGGCCCGGGGACCUGCUGCAGGCCCUGCUGGAGGGCGCCGGGGGCCGGGGCCGGGUACUGCUGGUCGCCGAGCUCUGGGAGCGGGAGCAGAGCCGCAGUCUGAUGAGGGACUUCGCCCGCCACGUCUUCCCCGAGCCGCGGGGGGAGGAGGAGGAAGAAGAGGAGGAGGAGGAGGAGGAAGCAGAAGAGGAGGAAAAGGAGGAGAAGAAGGAGAAGGAGGAGGAAAGGGGGGAGGAGGAGAAGGAGAAGGAGGAGGCGCAAGCAGCUGGCAGCAAGCCCGGAGGCCCGCAGGAGGCGGAGAAGGCUGGGGAGUCCGGCGGCAAGCCCGGAGGACCGCAGGAGGUGGCGGCGGCGCGGGCUCCUGGCCGCGGGCCCCCGGAACGGGCCAUCCGCUCCCCACUCGUGUUCGUGCUGUGCCGAGAAGCUUCCCUGAGGGCCCCUGAGCCGCGACUGCGCCUGCGGGAGAUCCUGCGGGACGUGCGCUCCCGGCGGCGGCAGCGGCCUCGGUGGCGGCCUCCGUGGCGGUCCCCGCCGUGGGGACACACGGGGGACUGCGGCGGAGGCGGCGGCGCAGCGCUAGUCGGGGUGCUGGUAGAGGAGCCUGGCGGCGGCCGCGGCGAAAGCCAAGGCGCGGAGGAGGGAAGCGAGGCCGAGGCUAUGCACCUGCUGGAGGCGCUGCUGCGUUCCGUGUUCGGCCGUGACGCUGGCGGCCCAGUGCAGGCGACCUCCUACUGCCCCGCGCGUCCGGGCAGUGCCGCAGACGUGCAGAGAGCAGCCUGCAGGGCCCUGCGAGCAGCCGCGGGCCAGCGGCCGCCAGAGAGGAUGAGAGAGAGGCUGGGAUUCCAAAGGCUGCUAAGAUGCUUUCCUUGGUCAUCAUGGAGCAGGAGAAAGGGCCGGGCCGACGGCACCAUCAGCAGCCCAGCCAUGGAUGCUUUCCAGGACCCCUCAGAGGAGCUGGCACUGACAGUUCUGUCUCCCAAUGGACACUGUGAGGACAUCGAGGGAAGGACAGGGGCCUAGACACCCCGGGCCACCACACAGAUCCUGAAGUGACAGGCUGGGAGCACCAAUGGGACUUAGGACCUUUGGGUUCUGUUCCUGCCCCUGCCUCAUCAUGAAGACUGGAGCUGGGCCCUUCCCUGUUCUAUGCUCCAGUCUGUGCCCGUCCCAAAUGGAAGGUGAUGGUUCCUCUGUACAUUCCACUGGUAUGGUGAGACUGGCUUGAUGAUCAGAGAGGAAGUGUAUCUCACUGACCUGAGCAGCAGAUGAUACAAUUGGGCUCUCUGGGAUCUGCUCCUAGCCCAGAGCUAUCUUACUCUGUGAUCAAGGCUAUUAUUUCAUUUCUCUAUGCCUCAGUUUACCCAUAUGUAAAUUGAGGAAAAGAUACACCCACCUUGUAGCAGUGUCAUGUGAAAUCCCUGCCUUGGGAAGGGUGACAUAGGACUUUGUAGAUCUACAGUGUCAUAGCAAUCGUCUAUGUUGGUUAAUGUGCAUGAAGGCCUUUGUGUGUGUGCACAGUCAUACACAUCCUUUAUUUCCACUCUCAUGUAGUGGAAAGAACAUUAGCCUAGAAUUUAGGUUAACGAGGCUCUGAUACUAACUCACUAAUGGGAAAACUAUGGGCCUCGGUUGCCUGACCUGUAGAAUGAUGACUUUUAAGGUGUUUUCCAGCUCUGACAUUCCUAGAUUCAUCCUUGAGGAUAAAUAAAUACAGCAUAAAUAAAUACACUGUAAAAAAAAAAAGUUCCUUAAAAGCGCUGGAAGUUCAAGCCAACUCUCUAUAUAAUUUUGUUUUUAAUGUUUCAUUGAUGCCCUCUGCUUUCAUACCACACUCAUUUUUUUUAGCCACCUAGCUCACUCAUAACCAAGAAAAAAUACUGAAGUAGAAUUGAUCAGCACCAGGAGCUGUCCUGGUGAAGUGAGAUAGUCACUUCCACCUCUCUACUGAGAGGAGGGAGGCGCAUUUUAUUGUCUUGGCCUGGGACUAAGAUGUCUUAUUUGAAUUCUUCAGGCUCUGAUGGCCUUUUAAGGUCAACAAGCAUUUACAUUAUUGCGCUUACUAUAAUACUAUUCAUUUUUUACUGGAUAGAUUCCUAAAAGACUACAGCACACAUUUCUUGUUUUGUUUUUGUUUUUGUUUUUGUUUUAGUGAGGCAAUGGGGGUUAAGUGAUUUGCCCAGGGUCACACAGCUAGUUAGUGUGAAGUGUCUGAGGCCGGAUUUGAACUCAGGUACUCCUGACUCCAGGGCCGGUGCUCCAUCCACUGCGCCACCUAGCUGACCCACAGCACACAUUUCUUAAAGUGUUCUUUAGAGAAUCGUGGUAAGAAUCCUGCACUGUGGGGCAGCUAGAUGGCGCAGUGGUUAAAGCACCAGCCCUGGAUUCAGGAGUACCUGAGUUCAAAUCCGGUUUCAGACACUUGACACUUACUAGUUGUGUGACCCUGGGCAAGUCACUUAACCCCCACUGCCUGCAAAAAAAAAAAAAAGAAUCCUGCACUGCACAUCAUAGCUGAGUUCUAGGCUCUCCUUUGCCACAAGUAUUUGUCACCUCAUUUUUCUGAACUUCAGCUUCUUUCUUGUAAAAUGAGAGUUUGGAGUUGAUCUCUGAGGCCCUAGCCAGCUCUAAAAUCCAGUGGGAUUUGUUGGGUUUUUUUUUUCAUCCCAUUCAUUCCAUAUUCUGUCCCACCUCCGUCCCUUACCCAGAAGCUCUGGCUCUCUUCCCAUAGCCAGGCAGGUGACCUCUCCCCCUCAGAGUUCCAGAGUUCCUGAGAGAUUGGGUUAUUUCUUUUCCACCUCCAUGGCUCAAGCCUCCACUAGCUGUGUUUCCCUCUAUUGUUAGGGACCUAAAACUAGUGCCCUAGUUCCAUUACACCACUUAAAAUCUCUUGGCUUUUUCAAAGGGCUAUUUACUUCAAACACAGGGCAAGAACAAAUGUAUAAACUUUCCCCUAAAAGCCCUGGAGCAUCCUCUCCUUUAUUAGCUCAGUUUCUAUGUAACACUGAUCCCAUCAAGUUACAUCCAAUGGCAUCUUCUCUGCUGACUGAUCCUCAGUCUGGCUGCUGCUGGGCUCAGAGCCCCAAAGUCAUUUCAGAAAAGGACCAAUUCCUCUGCAUUCCUCAAGCAUCAAUACUAUAUUGGCUGUAAAAUUCAACCCGGAUUCCAGCUCCCAGAUUGCUGUGACUCACUCUUUCAACCUUCUGAAACUCCCAUGAUUGAAGUCUACAUCCAGAUUUGAAAAAUGCACAUGAGGGGCAGCUAGGUGACCCAGUGGAUAGAGCACCGGCCCUGGAGUCAGGAGGUCCUGGGUUCAAAUUCAGCCUCAGACACUUAACACUUGCUAGCUGUGUGACCCUGGACAAGUCACUUAACCCCAAUUGCCUCACUAAAAAAAAAAAAAAGAAAGAAAGAAAAGAAAGAAAAAUGCACAUGAAAAGGCCAAGGAUAGAGGUUUGGUUUUGGAGAGGCUCCAAAGUCUUUCUUUUUAUGGUGUGGUCUCUGCGAGCAAAGGAGCCUGUGAAUAAAGCAAAGACUGAUGAAGGCGAGGUGACUGAUGGUGACAGGUUGAGAACCUCCCUCUCAGAAUCUGUUUCAUCACAGAACCAGUUGCAAAAUGUCUGUACAUUCCAAGAAACUUCCCAUUCGUAUCAUGACAGUUCUUCAGGAAGCAAGUUCCUUGAUGCCCUUCCAUGUGGAGAGGUUAUACCAGCCAAAAAAGCUGAUGGGGUCUGUACAUAUGCCAGACCCCCAUUACAACAGAACAGAAAAGAGAGAUAAAAAGUAGGUUCCUCAAAACUUGCCCAUCAAAUCAAGUCUGACAACGUAUGCAAUGUUUUGCACCCAUAGUCCCCCACCUUGCAAAGAAGGGAGGGAGGUACAUUUUCUCAUCUCUUCUCCUUAGCCAAUCUUGGUCAUGAUAAUGACUAUGCUGACUUCUUAAGAGAUCAGUUAUACCUAGAAUGCUUCAUAGAAAUAAGCUAAAAAGAAAAGAAAAGAAGCUGAAGGCUAGACUUCUCAGUGCCCCAGCUCCUAGAUUCUUUUCUUGGAGCAGUUCUGAAUGAAGAAAGGAAGUCAGCUGGGAGCAGCCUGGGAUUGGGAAUCAAGAUGGGGCUUGUGCUGAGAUCCCAGGAAGGGAUUAACUCUGCAGCCUUGUGAGAAGGGAGCAUUCCUUCCUGUGCCCCAUCAUCUGGAAAUGGGGAGCCAAACUCCACAUCAAGCAGGAUGAAUGAAGAGAUCAGUAGCUGGGGAUAAGUGGGAAUAGGAACCAUUCCAGAUCUUAGCUUCCAGGGGGAGGUCACAGCUACCACUUGGGGCCAUUCAGUCACCAUUCUGAGUAACAAAAUCCUCCCCCUAGUGGCCAGGAAUCCGAGUUAAAUGAGCCAUUUAUUCAUUUCUCCAGGAAAAUCGGGAGCUUCUCUCUACUCCCCCCCCCCCCGCAGGCUAUAGGGAAGGGAGAUGGGCUGGAAUCCAAAUUCAGCUCUUGAGUCCUUCAGUGUGAUGGAAGGACGAGCAGCUUCUGCCAAGACAUCUCAAUACUCUGUUUUCCAUUCAGCAAAUGAAAUGGUGCCAACCUCCACCUCUUAAAGCUGUCUCAAAGGGAAGAGUGUGUGCCAGGACUGGCUUAGAGACCAGGCUAUUUCUCUAUAAACAAAAAUGGCUUGAGCGAAACUAACCCUGGCUUUUUUUGUUGUUGUUUGUGUUAAAUUUCUGUAGCUGAUAUCCUGUUUUUACAUUACCUUCAUCUCCCAUGAGAAGCAAGGUACCCUAGUGGAUGGAGAGCUGGCUUCAGAAGCAGGGAGACCUGGGUUCAAGAUCUGCCUUUGAUAGGCUCUGGGACCUGGGGCAAGUCACUUGAUGCCUCAGGGAACAUUUUAAUAUUAGAUGUUGAGUGGGAGCUGAUCUUCCCACCUACCAAGUUGAAUGGGGGCAGUUUCCUAACCUGAGACUUCUCAAUACCAAUGAAAUCAUGGAUCUGGACCCUAUCCUAUCAUUUCCAAAUAUAUUCUUCUUCCUUCCUAGAGAGCCAUUCUUUAUUAUAGAGAAGGAAAAAAAAAACCCAUUCAGCCAAACUCACCAAGACAUAGACCACAUUAGACAUUUCCCAAGGUAUGUAACAUGCCCAUAGUCUUCCACAUGUACAAAUAAUGGAGAGCAGGCAUCCUCAAGGAUUGUCUUUGGGGCCAAGUUUUCAGGAUGUUAUUAUUAUUUUUUUGUGUGAGGCAACUGGGGUUAAGUGACUUGCCCAAGGUCACACAGCUAGUAAUUGUUAAGUGUCUGAGGCUGGAUUUGAACUCAGGUCCUCCUGACUCCAGGGCCAGUGCUCUAUCCACUGCGCCACCUAGCUCCCCCCCCCCCCCCAGGAUCUUAUUUUUAAAUGGGAACAAUGAUGUGUCUGAGAUCACCUAGGAGGUGGCGCUGAGUAGAUGUUUCUAGGGAACGCUUUCCUUUUCUCUUGAUCUAUCACUUGAGUAGGGAGAUUUGUCUGCAAGACGGCUCCAGGGUCUCUCUCCCUCCCUCUUUCUCUCUCUCUCAUUUAAAAUAGUCUUUUUAAAAAUCAGUCUUUCUAGAGAGACUUCUCCCCUCCUCUCCCAAUGAAUCUUCCCCUUGUAACAAAGGUGGGAGGAGCAAGUUAAACAAAACCAUCAUAUUGAUCAAUAUAUACAAUAUUCCACACCCAAAGUCCCCCACUUCUCCCCCUCUCCAAUACUUUCCUACAGUAUUUUCUGUGAAAAGAAGACAUUCUUAGUUUAUGCCUUCAGUGACUGCCCAUUGGGUGCCUGCUAUGGGCAGAAAGCUGGACUGGAAUGAAGAUCUAAAUCUCCCAGACCCCUGCUGAUUCAGGCUCAGCAAGGAACAUGAGGCUGGGAUCUGGGUUCUGUCCUUCCUGAGCUUGGGCUAGUCUUUGAACUUUCUGGAGCCUCUAUUUUCUCAUCUGUCAAGUGCUGGUGGAGGGAAGUGGUAACCCUUUCAUCAACACCUACCUCCUAGGGCUAUUGGUGAUGAUGCAACUUUGGGAACUAAUUAUAACUUAAUGUCAGAGAGACAACCCCAACUCAUGAAGGCCAACAGUCUCACACCAACCUUCCUGCCCUUGAGCCUUUUCUACAAACAAUAAACUCAUCAAUGUUGGUGUGUCCAUUUUUUUUCUGAAGAGAUGGUUGUUAGACCUGGAAGGAGCUUCCUUUGUGGGACUGACCAUGUCUGAGAUCUUUAAAAAUGGGAGAAAUUCCCCAAUUCAUCCAAGUGGUCCUCAAGCUGGGAUGUGGGAGGGUCUUCUAGGAAGCCCUGGUAUCAUUAUUCUCUUGUUUAGUUCAUGUUUUUGAUAUAUCAAUGUUAAACUUUUUUCCAACAUGAAGUAACAAUCUACUUAUUUAAUAAAAACCAGAUAUGACCUUA